UUCAGGAUACGCCAGAUCUGUUGAAGCACUUGGCUGCGCGAUAAGACAGACUCAUUAGUAGCUGACGAGGCUGAGUCGCGGGGAAUUAACCGAGCUCUUCCUGUUUUUCUGAAGAUUAAAAGCUCGCGCAUGUCUUGCUUCUCUUGCUGCCGCGUGUUCAAGGUGCGAUCGUAGGUUUCACCUGUUGGUCGUGAUGGCUCCAGACCCAGCAAAUCAGUACCUUCUCCCUCCUAUUUCCGAAUUGCUUCCUCCCGAAACGGUCUCUUCAUGGAGCCCAUUUGAGACAGAUGCAUCUCCUGACCGUGCCCACAUCCGCUACGAACCGGCACCAGCCACGGAGCUGGCGACGCCUCCUGUUGGCCUCGGCAUCCACACCUCGCCAGACCGCGAAGUUCCGGCCCACUCGCGUUGCGAUAGUUAUACGGAGACGCUCGCCUCCGAUCGUGCGGCAUCUCGCUUUGCUGACUCGGAAACAACGCUCGUGGGAGAGCCCGGACGAAAAUACCCGACAAGGAAAACCAUUGUGCAACGCCGACUAUCCUGGAUCCCUCUCACGGUUCUCGUUCUGGCCAUAUACUCAACCAUUUUCUCGGGAAUCUUCCUGAUAAUCGCCUGCGUUAAACCUCGAUAUGGCCGAGUCAUCGGGGUCGAUGGCCGUCUGGCCCCCUCUACCGCCAACUUGCUCAGUGCCCUGUUUGCGAAGACGAUUGAAUUAGCAUAUGUCACAGUUUGCGUGGCGUUUUUGGGUCAAGUAUUAACCCGACGUGCCAUCACCAGGGGCUCGCGUGGGAUCUCCAUCUCUGACAUGAGCAUGCGGUCGUGGAUCAUGCAGCCCGGUUCGUUGAUUGUGCAUUGGGAGAGCUUGCGAUAUUCCGGCUGGACGAUUCUCGGCGCUAUCACAUUGACGGCGACUUUGGUCGCCAUGCUCUACACCACCGCGGCGGAAGCUCUCGUCUCUCCCAAGCUGGUCAUGAGCCCUGUCGAGAACAAAGUGCUAGUAGGCAACGUUUACACUCAGUUUGCCAAUCCGUAUUAUCUUGCGGACAAUUGCCAGACGCCUAUUCCGCUUGAAAUGGACCCGGACUAUCGGAAUACAACCUGUUUGGAUCUGCAGCACGCGGGCCAGGCGUAUCAUAAUUACCAGGGUUAUCUUCAGACAUGGAGCAGCAUCGCCUCGGGGAGCAACUCCACCUCCUCGAUGCUGGACUCGCGUCCACCCCCGACGGGGUCGCUGAAUGAUAACACAAGCGUGAUCGGCAGCUGGAUUGAUCGCGCCAACAUAACCGAACUAUCGCAGCGAUAUAGUCGAAUGGUUAUCAAUGUGACUGCCGCGAUGCCGCACGGAGGCAUCAUUGCCGCGGCCAUGAACGGGGCCAACGGAAUAGAGCAGCCGCAGGACCUUUCGGGGGAGGGAAACUACCACCUGGAUGCCUCGGUGCCGUCUCCCGCGGUCAAUGUGCUUUGUGUGGGGAUGAACGCCACUGAGCUGGCGCCCCUGGUAUAUACAGAAUGGCCCAAUACCAAGGGCGAAUUCGACGCUGAGGAAUGGGUCACGGACCCGCCGGCGGAUAUCCCCGUGUUUCCAAACUGGCUGAACCGGACCGUUGUCGACGAGAUAUUUGGCUUUGGCCCCAAGUAUGGGCAGCGCCCCCCAAUCUUUGGCAAGCUGCCCGACCCCUACAACACGAUUCUCAAUGUCACGGGGGUGCAUCCCGCGAAUGCGAUCUAUCUCCUCGGCGCGACCCCGAACAAUACCACCCCGGAAUAUGUGAUGUGCUCAUUCAAAGCCAAGCAGACUCCUCUUUGCUCCACUCGCUACGAGGUAACCGGGAGUGGUGCCGCGCUCAAGGCUGUAUGCGAGCACCCGGGGAAUUCCCUGCAGUAUAAUGCACGCAACCCAGACGCGCUCGAUGGGAUCUGGCAGCCCGACUGGAAGAACAUUGCAUCGGAGUGGGCGAUGUCUCUGAGUCUGGGCACGGGCAUUACGGACAGUCGCGCGGCUACCGCUCGUCUGCUCAUGCAGUUCGUGCCCAAGACGCUGGCCCUGGACCCGACGCUGCCCUCCAUCAGCGAAGCCCUGGCCGUAUUAGUCGGCAACACUCUUCUGAUGAGCUCGACUGACGCGCCGUUCGUCCCGUUCUGGAACUACACCGACUCGUAUUUCACGGACCCCGUUCCUCAGAUAUUCAACGCGACCGUGAGUUCUGUGGGCUACGCGUCCAGCGGAACCCAGCCGUGGCAGGGGGUCUUCUACCCCAUUCUUGUCUUUGCCUUUCUCACCAGCGCGAUCUGUUUGGCCUUUAUGCUGUUGGAAGUGCGCGGUAGACAAGUCACGGAUUUCACGGAGCCCCAGAACCUGUUUGCUCUAGCGAUGAAUAGUCCGUCGAGCGCGCGGCUGCCAGGACCCUAUGGGGCCGGGAUCGACGGCCAUCAACUUAAAGAGCGGUGGUAUGUGGCCAUGGAAGAAGACGAGAAUUACUAUAUUCGCACCAAAGCGGAGGAGAACAACACGCCUCCUGCUUCCACCAACACCAUGUCACCGGUUUCGUUGGACCUCGAGGAGCCUGGCAAAUCCGCUACCCCGGCGAUGGAUGAGUACCGGCGCCUCUCAUCGCGAAAGAGCUUUCUCUCCCGGUUUUAUUGAUGAUGAUGCUGAUGAUGAUGAUGAUGAUGAUGAAGAAGUAGCCAAGGGUGGAUUGGUUGUUGGCUUGCAUGACUAUUUACGAAUACUUCAAUGUAGUAUAAUGAUAAUGAAACGAGUCAAGAGAGGAACGCGAGCCUAAACUUCAUCUCCCUAAUAAUAUAUUGGAUGUUCUGCACCCAGAAAUACUAAUGAUGUUUUUUUUCAUUCAACUCUGGCAUCUCCUACUCCUCCACUAUAUCAACUUUAUUCCUAUCUAGCCAUUCGUUAAUCAAGUGUAAACAGAGUGAGAGUGGGUUGAAGCAUACAAAAAGCAAUGUGAUCCUUGAUAUGCUUUGCCUUCUCGUACGGCUCCUUGUAAUACCAGGCCGCAUUUUCGAUUAUUUCCCC